AUGCGGGCGCUGGAUGCCAUCUCCUCCGUCGUCUUACUGUUCCUGGCUGCUGUAAGAGGGCUGCCCCUACUGGACGAUGAAGCGACAGAAGCAUCAGAUUUGCUGCAGACGAAUCCCCCAGGACGCUCGGACCCCGUGUCUCUUGAGCAGCUGGUGCACCAGGCCGUCAUGAAGAAGGACUUCCUGGGGCAGGACGGCUUCUUUACGGGUACGACCUCUGUCCCGACCCGGGCCGCCCCUGUGUCCCUGAGCGACGAUGACCUGGCCCCUGCAGGGGUCAGCGAGACCUCCGGCGUCCUCACCACAGCCGUUGGGGGGACUUUCUCCCUUCCUCCACCCCUCAGUACAUUGACGCCUCCGUCUCCAGCACCAACAGGAGGCCCAGGGAUCUCUGCCGAAGGAGAAGAAGAGACCACGACCACCCUGAUCACCACCACCACCGUGACCACCGUGCACAGCCCAGUUCUCUGUAAUAACAACAUCUCGGAGCUGGAAGGCAUCUUGGAGGCUCCGGAGUACUCCGGGGGAAGUUUCUUUGGAGGCCUGGACUGUACCUACAGCGUGUCCGUAUACACGGGGUACGGAGUGGAGGUCCGGGUGGAGAAGCUGAACCUGUCUAAGGAGGAGGCGCUGAGCGUGGAGGGCGUGGAGGACGACCACCGCUUCCUGCUGGCCAAUGAGACGCUGAUGGCUGAGGGUCAGGUGAUCCGCAGUCCAACCAAUCACAUUGCAGUACGAUUCCAGACUUACCGCACCACCAACCCUGGGGCAUUUAAGUUGCGUUACCAAGCUUAUGUCCUGAGUUGUGUGUUCCCUCCUCGACCUGAGAAUGGAGAAGUCACUGUUACAGAUCUCCACCCAGGAGGAUCUGCCAACUUUCACUGUGCUCCUGGAUUCACAUUAAAAGGUGCAGGUUCCCUGGUCUGUCUCAAUAUAACCCGUCCUCAGUGGAGUGGAAAGCCCCCAGUCUGCACAGCCACUUGUGGGGGUGUAAUACGUAAUGCCACCAUUGGGCGUAUUGUAUCUCCCGAUGUUACGACGCAUCAUGGAAAUAACUUGAGCUGCCACUGGUUGAUAGAGGCGUCAGAAGGUCAGCGACUUCACCUGCACUUUGAGAGGGUUUCCCUGGAUGAAGACAAUGACAGGUUGGUUGUCCACUCUGGAAGCUCCACUUUGUCCCCCCUCAUCUAUGAUUCUGAUAUAGACGAUGCCCCAGAGAGGGGUCUUCUGAGUGACGCCCAGUCCCUGUACAUCGAACUUGUGUCUGAGAAUCCAGCUGUCCCCCUGCUCCUCAGUCUGCGCUAUGAAGUGUUCUCUGAGACCCGAUGUUAUGAACCCUUCCUGGCUCAUGGUAAUUUCAGCACCACGGACCCCCUCUUCUCCCCGGGGACCCUGGUGUCCUUCUCAUGUAACGCGGGGUACAUGCUGGAACAGGGACCCCCAGUCAUAGAGUGUGUGGAUCCCACCGACCCUCACUGGAAUGAGAGCGAGCCUGUGUGCAAAGCUCUGUGCGGUGGAGAGAUCUCUGAACCGGCCGGGGUGAUCCUGUCUCCUGAUUGGCCACAGAACUAUGCAAAGGGCCAGGACUGUGUGUGGGGGAUCCAUGUACAGGAGGACCGGCGGGUGCUGCUGGAGAUAGAGAUACUGAACAUCCGGCGCAGUGAUGCCCUGACGGUCUAUGAUGGUGAUGACCUCACAGCGCGGGUCCUCGGACAGUACAUGGGCGUUCACCAACGGUUUAACCUCUUCUCCUCCGCUAAUGAUGUGACCCUACAGUUCCAGUCUGACCCCAAUGACCCCGUGUUCAGUCUGAGCCAGGGAUUCAUCAUACAUUUCAAAGAGGUGCCACGGAAUGACACGUGCUCGGCUUUACCUGAAAUACAGUCGGGAUGGAAGACGUCCUCACACCCUGAUCUCAUCCGUGGCACAGUGGUGACCUAUCAGUGUGAACCUGGGUAUGACAUCAUCGGAUCAGACAUCCUAACCUGCCAAUGGGAUUUGUCGUGGAGCAAUGCCCCUCCCACCUGCGAGAAGAUCUUGAACUGCGCUGACCCCGGGGAGAUCGCCAACGGUGUCCGUAGGGCUUUCGAUCCACGGUUUCCUAUUGGCUCUCACGUCCACUAUUCCUGCAAUGAGGGUUACACGCUGGAAGGAAGCGAAAUCCUGACCUGUUACAACCGAGACACCGGGACCCCCAAAUGGAGCGACAGGAUCCCCAAGUGUGUCUUGAAGUACGAGCCAUGUCUGAACCCGGGCGUCCCUGAGAACGGCUACCAGACCCUGUAUAAGCACCACUACCAGGCCGGGGAGGCGCUCCGGUUCUUCUGCUACGAGGGCUUCGAGCUGAUCGGUGAAGUGACCAUCAUCUGCGUCCCAGGGCAUCCAUCCCAGUGGACGAACCAACCUCCUCUCUGCAAAAUUGCAUAUGAGGAGCUCCUGGACGACAGGAAACUGGAAGUUGCCCAGACGACAGACCCCUCCCAUCAGAUGGAGGGCGGCAACAUUGCGCUGGCGAUUUUCCUGCCCAUCAUCCUGGUCAUCCUGCUGAUCGGCGGAAUCUACAUCUAUUACACAAAGUUUCAAGGCAAGUCUUUGUUUGGAUUUUCGUUCCCGGCCUCCCAUUCCUACAGCCCCAUCACUGUGGAGUCCGAUUUCAACAACCCAUUAUACGAGGCUGGGGAUACCCGGGAGUAUGAAGUGUCGAUUUGA